AGAUCAGGAGCACUCGAUGAGACCGAGUAAUUUGUUGCGACAUCUGUAGAUACUUAUAUAUAGAUGAAACAAAAUAAAUAACAUGGCAACAUUCGGAUUAUCAUGACAAUGUCAUUUUGAUGUAACAUUGGACUGUCACAUUAUCCUAAUCAUUUCGUCGAUAAAGAUCUAAAAAUAAUAGAAGUUCGUCAAUAGAUAUUACUUAUUAACACGUAACAUCGCCAUUAUGUCGAACGAAAUAAAGAUCGUGGCAGCGAGUAUCGUAAAUUUCCUAAAACAACAGCUCGAGAGCGAGGCGCUCAGCGUGGACUCGCGCGAGAGCGUCGAGGUUGGCGUGCAGUGUAUCGAGACCGCGUUCGAGCUCGGGCCAGACGACGCGGCGCUCGGACUCGACCUGCUGCAGCUCGUGCGGCAGCAGCGCGGCGGCGCGCCUCCACCCGCCGCCACCCGCGAACAGGCCGAGAAACUUAAGAACGAGGGCAACGAGCUCAUGAAGACCGAGCGGUACCGCGAGGCGCUAGAAAAGUACACGAGUGCCAUCCAGCUCGACCCGCGCAACGCCGUGUACUUCUGCAACCGUGCCGCCGCACACUUCAAGCUGAACGAACACGAGGCGACCGUCGCCGAUUGCACUGCUGCGCUCGCGCUGCAGCCUGACUACAGCAAGGCGUACGGCCGCCUCGGGCUCGCAUUCACCGCGUUGGAGCGACACCGUGAGGCGCGCGCAGCUUACGCCCGCGCCACGCAGCUCGAGCCCGACAACGAGUCCUACCGACAGAACCUGCAGCUCACCGACGAGCGACUGACGCAGCGCGGCGAGCGAGGCCCGAUGGACCUCGGCAGUUUGCUGCAGAACCCCGCACUGCUAAACAUGGCCACUGAGAUGCUCGCCGACCACAACAUGCAGAACUUGAUCUCCAACCUCAUGAACAACACAGCGGGCGGCACAGGUGCGGCGCGGCAGUCUGGCAGCAUGGACGCGCUGCUGGAGGUGGGUCAGGCGCUGGCACAACACAUGCAGGCCGCCAACCCUGAUCUGGUGGAGCAGCUACGGAGACAGGUGCGACCCCCGGGGCCCGGCGGCAAUCCCCCGCCGCCCGCACAAUGAGCCGUGUGCUGUGUUAGACUAUGUAAUUAUGAUACGUGGAAGGUGUGUCUGCUGAUCAUCAGUUCUCUGAAGGACUACUGCUUAAGCCGAAAGAUAAAUUAUGUAUGUUAGUAUUAAUGAAAAUUUAAAGUGCCGUUUUCAGUUGAAAUAUUUAUAAUCAUUGUUCACUAUACACUACAGUUGUUUUGCUGUGCAAUGAAUCCAAAUCACAUUAAACUUGUAUGGGUUGGCUUUUUAUCUCACUACUAUUUGUAGUUUGUAAUGGUUUUCCUUUAUGCAGCUGUUUGUACUGUUAUGAGUUAGCUAACUUGUGGAUUCUGAAUGUUUCAUGAAGCUUUGUGCAUUUAUGUAUAUUCACUGAAUGUCCAUUGAAAAGUAUGAUCACUAGUAACCAUAAAAAGUGGUAAUAUAUUAUAAAUUGUAAUUUUCUUUUAUAAAUAUGUAAUGUAUGAUAUUGUUAAGAAGGGAGUGACAGAGGGUGCCUCUAUUGGAUCCAAAUUAUUCUUAGCUAAGGUUUCAAAAUAUUGGUACUGUUAAUAAAUUUAUUUAAAUAA